AUGGUGCCUCUCCACUGGUGUCUGCUGUGGCUGCUAUUACCACUCAGCUUAAGGACUCAGAAAUUACCCACUCGAGAUGAGGAACUUUUUCAGAUGCAGAUCCGGGACAAGGCAUUUUUUCAUGAUUCAUCAGUAAUUCCAGAUGGAGCUGAAAUUAACAGUUAUCUCUUUAGAGACACACCCAAAAGGUAUUUCUUUGUGGUUGAAGAAGAUAAUACUCCAUUAUCAGUCACGGUAACUCCCUGCGAUGCACCGUUAGAGUGGAAACUGAGUCUCCAAGAGCUGCCAGAGGAGGCGAGCGGGGACGGCUCUGGUGACCCAGAGCCCCUGGAGCAGCAGAGGCAGCAGAUCAUUAAUGAGGAAGGCACGGAAUUAUUCUCCUACAAAGGCAACGAUGUGGAGUACUUUAUAUCUUCUAGUUCCCCAUCUGGUUUAUAUCAGUUGGAGCUUCUUUCAACGGAGAAAGACACACAUUUCAAAGUCUAUGCCACCACAACGCCAGAGUCUGAUCAGCCCUACCCCGAAUUACCUUAUGACCCCAGAGUAGAUGUCACCUCCCUGGGACGCACCACGGUCACUUUGGCCUGGAAACCGAGCCCCACGGCCUCCUUGCUGAGACAACCCAUUCAGUACUGUGUGGUCAUCAACAAAGAGCACAAUUUCAAAAGUCUCUGUGCCGUAGAAGCCAAACUGAGCGCAGAUGACGCUUUUAUGAUGGCUCCCAAACCCGGUCUGGACUUCAGCCCAUUUGACUUUGCCCAUUUCGGGUUUCCUUCAGAGAAUUCGGGUAAAGACCGCAGCUUCCUAGCAAAGCCUUCUCCGAAACUGGGGCGGCACGUCUACUCGAGGCCCAAGGUCGACAUUCAGAAAAUCUGCAUCGGAAACAAGAACAUCUUCACCGUCUCGGAUCUGAAGCCCGACACGCAAUACUACUUUGACGUCUUCGUGGCCAACAGCAACAGCAACAUGAGUACGGCGUACGUGGGCACCUUCGCCAGGACCAAGGAGGAAGCGAAACAGAAGACAGUGGAGCUGAAAGACGGGAAAGUUACGGACGUAUUCGUCAAACGGAAGGGAGCCAAGUUUUUACGGUUUGCGCCAGUCUCUUCUCACCAAAAAGUCACUUUCUUUAUUCACUCUUGUCUGGAUGCUAUUCAAAUCCAAGUGAAAAGGGACGGGAAACUUCUCCUGUCUCAGAAUGUGGAAGGCAUUCGGCAGUUUCAGCUUCGAGGAAAGCCCAAAGCGAAGUAUCUCAUCCGACUGAAAGGACACAAGAAAGGAGCAUCGAUGUUGAAAAUACUGGCUACCACAAGGCCUAGCAAGCAGCCGUUUCCCGCUCUUCCUGAAGACACAAGAAUCAAAGCCUUCGACAAGCUCCGCACCUGUUCUUCGGCCACCGUGGCUUGGCUAGGCACUCAGGAGAGGAACAAGUUCUGCAUCUACAAAAAGGAAGUGGACGACAGCUACAAUGAAGACCAGAAGAAAAGAGAGCAGAACCAAUGCCUAGGACCAGAUACGAGGAAGAAAUCAGAGAAAGUCCUCUGUAAAUAUUUCCACAGUCAAAACCUACAGAAAGCAGUGACCACGGAAACAAUUAAGGGACUUCUGCCCGGAAAGUCUUACCUGCUGGAUGUGUAUGUCAUAGGACAUGGGGGGCACUCGGUGAAGUAUCAGAGUAAAGUCGUGAAAACCAGGAAGUUCUGUUAGUUACCUCGUAUGGAGAGAUGCUGAUUACAUAGACCUGCGGGAGAGACAUGGAAUCACUUUAAAUAUGAACUGACUGCUCCUACGGCUGACAGGAGUGGUGACCGGUCCUUGGACUGUGCAGGGGAGGGUAUCAGCUUGUGUAUAUUGGUGUUUAUAUGAGUCACUGUUGAGGAGCCUUGUUCUAGAGUGCCUCAAUGGUACCUGGUGUGCGUCUGCUGCCCGUGUCAAAGAGAGAGGGCAUCUGGAAGGAACUGCCAUCCCUUGCUUUGACCACUGCAUGAACUGCUUCUAAAUUAUUUUAUUACCUGAAAAUUUAAAAUAUGCCAUGCAUUGCACACAUCCACAAAUGCAAAUCAUUCCUCUCUAUAGAUGCUAGGAUAUAUAUAAAUUAUUUUAUAAAGUCUCGUUUUAAAUGUCAGUGUUUCUAUGAUUGUAAACUAUUAAAUUCUUUUCCUGUUAAAGUACAGAUCUAAUCUAAGUAUAUAAUUAAGUGGACAGCCCUCUAGUCAGUUAUAUUGCUAUUGUAAAUUCUUAUCUGUUGAGUAAAAGGUUUAAAUACUGUAUGUAUCUCAUGUACAAAGUUGACAUACAUUAUAUUCAUGUACAUAAAAUUAAAGAUAUUAGAUUAUAUACUGUUCGUUUUCCCAAGCAGCUACCAAGGUGUAUUCAAUUUCUAUUCUGUUCACAAGACUGCGCCCUUAUAUAAUUUGGCACCAGAAACUACCCUUCUUGUAAUAGUUAAAAUAGCACACUGCAGCUCUCUCAAGUUACUGUGGCAUUAGAGAUAGUUCCUACAGUUUGCUUUCGGAAGGUGAAUUGGAGCCAGGUGUCAUGAGAGUUGAGGGACUUCCAACAGACUUAUUUUAAAAGAAUAGAUUAAGCCAAACACUGUAGCUUAAUAAGGAUUCAACAGGUCGUUCUUAACAUCCUAAAAUAUAUUGCACUUAUUUUAAAAAUAAGCAUCAAUUUAAAGUACAAAAUUGGGAUAUCCCAAGUAUUUUCCAUCUGUUUGAGUAUUAGCAAGAUAACGACUUCAAUGUCUAUCUGAAGCAAUCUAGCAACCACCAAUUUGGACUUUAUUUGGUAAUGAGAUGACAGAAGCUACUGUUUUGAUAACAUUAACAGUCCGAUACUUUGAUUUUUCAUGAAUUUUUACAAAGUAAUUUAGGCAUUAAGAUAAAAUUUAGGCCAAUAAUAACAGAAACCAUGUAACGAAGACUGCACAAAGAGCACCUUUAGAUAAUUUCAUUCUCCACAGUUCUAUACAUGAGUUGUCAUGAGAACAUUAGAUCAGGAUUCAGAAGAGUAUAGAAUUUGCAACCACCUAAGCUAUGUAACUUUAGGGAAAUCCGUUAACUCCCACUGUCCCCUUGCCCAUUUAUAAAUCAGGCAGUGACAGAUUCGGAUAAGAUGACAUCAGAAGAUACUUUGUAUUAUAAGACAUUGUCUUUUGUAGAAUUCUCUGAUUCUGAAAUUAUAAAGCGCUCCUGUAGCUACAAGUGGGGACAGAUGCAAUCUCCUGACCUCUACAUUGUCCCCUACAUGCUGGUACCACCCUUCAUAUGGCGGGCACGCGUCAGUAGCAUUCCUAUGGAGCGGAGCAUUGCUAUGGCCGAGGGAGUAUACGCGGGGGUCGUUAUGAAAGGUCCCCUGACCACCUGAGGAUAAAAUAUCUCUCCUAAAAAGCCAUCGUCCAACUUCUCUGGGUUAUGAUAGCAAAAGAAAAUUGAUCACAUCUCCAUAAAGCGGUAAUGGUACCUGAAAGAUUUUUAAAAAGAAAAAGAAAGGACAUGUGCCCAGUGGCCAUGUGGCCAGUCAACCUGGAAGGAGAACUUUAAAACUGACAACAUCCCAGAGAUGUUACAGCCUAAGCUAUAAACAUGGUGCAUUUGGAAGGAGAAUUGACUUUCUCUUAUUACUCACAAAUAUGUUAUUAUAGAGCAGUGUGCUAGAUGGAACGACAGUGGAUCAAAGAGUUAUUGCAGCUUCCGAAGGCAAUGGACUUACUCUCAGAUAUUGCUUAAUGCCUGCAAACCCCUGGGAAGCCGGCCAAGUCAAUUUAACCAAGCUUUUACCUUUCAGCCAGCUGCGAUGGUAGUUUCUACAUAGUCUGGAUAAAUUUGAGAAUUCUUUCAUGGCCCCAGUGAAAUUUUCCUUUUAGAGCUUACAGGCAAAUUAAAUGCACAUUGUGAAACUUCUAUCACUCAUAAAGAAAGGGAAAAACCUAUUAAAAAUAAAGAUCUCAUUUACUAAUGUGUUAGAUUUUUAGGAGCACUCACGUGAACCGGAGACAACAAAGAGAAACUUUUCUUCAUUAACAAAGAGCUAGAAAGUCGCUACUAUGAAAGCACCACCUUGUCUUCAUUAAAAUCCUAGGAUAGCUGUUUUGAGAGCAGGGCAUUUGGAACCCCAAGGAUAGCCACUGUAUCAUUGAGGAGGGAAGAAUCUUUAAGGACAUUUAGUUCAAGGUCACCAUCUUUAUUUUUCAGGUUCAAAAGAAAUUGAAGACUAGAGAAAUAAAAAUAAAGUUCUCAUAGUCCAAACAGAUAACAAAAUACUUAUCAGAGUAUGAAUCACUAAUUCGUGGGGGGGGAGUCACUUAUGGAUCAUUUUCCAAAAGGAAAUAGAUUUUUUGUCUUAUUUAUUAUUGCAAAGCAACUUAUUCUUAAAGGCCAUUUCGGAUUUUCUUAAGAAUGUGUGUGUAACCUAUAACUGACAACU